ACAGUGUACAGUUUACUAGGUGUAUUAGGUACUAGGUAGUGUAAAAAUCGGCGCAUCUUACAGUGGCGGAGUGGCAGAGUGGCCGAUCAAUCACCUGAUUAUUUGGAUUCGGACGCUAUUCUUAUCAGGGGACCGACCGAUAAUUAGGCCAUAAACGCUUUCUUUUCCUCAGAACAUCCCACAACCCAUUCUUGCUUCCAUCAAACAUCAAACAUCAAAACAUAAAAAAAUCAACCUUACAAAAUAAUCAUCUGCCCAUUACCUACCUAGUAUAUAUCAGCCCUUUUUAAUCGUAGAAUCAUGACCGACGAUAAGUCACAAGACCAGACCUCGGCGCUCGCUUCCGGAGUGGAAACCAAAAAGGAAGACCCCCCAUUGGAUCAAGCUGCCCAAACGGACUCCGGCGACAACAAGACGGAGAAUACCGCCACAUCUGACUCAAACUCCACCUCGCAGUCGAGACCGACCAGACAUUUGCCUACCCAUUAUAAGGGCAUGCCGAAGCAAUGGGAGAAGAAUCAAGUUCCUAAGAAGGAUAAUUCAAGCUUGUAGAAUCUGUCUCUUUGUGCUUGAGAGCAUAAUCUGGAAUUCCAGUGCACCUAACCCAUGAGUUCGUAACCAUGAAUCUGCCCGAGACGAAACAUGAGAGCUUCCAAAGCGGGCUCCGGGAUUUGUAGCCGAUGUCUGUAUUUAGCGAUAUACGGAAUAUGACAGCAAACCGUGUCGAGAAUUUAUAUCGAAAUGUCACGUGUCCUUCAUUCAGUCCUUCCAUCUGUCAGAGUUGUCUCAAUUUGACGCCUUGGUGAACCGGGAUUUCCCUUUCUCCAAUUAAUCCGACAGGUAUCUAAUAUCCAGCUCGUAUCGACAAUGCGAGGCAUACAGUUAGUUGGAGGUCACUUGCGACCCAGCUGAACCAAGUUCGGAAUAGUUUCUGCGUAAUAAAUGCCAUUGCGAUAUUUUACACGAGUCAACGAGCAAUUCGAGACAAAUUCUACAGUGUCCAAAACGAGGUAAAUAAAUUUAGGAUAUCAAACCAUUUAAGUAUCGAAUUAUCUAGCUCC